AUGUCUGCAAAUCGGUCCCCGUGGAGUGACGCAGAGUUAUCGCUAUUGCGUCAGGUACAUUCUGAGAACCCCGGGGCAGAGCUUCGCAAUGUUUGGCGGACCUUUAGUGAAAGGAAUGGUGAAAACCGCUCAAAAAAUGCUGUAAAGUCCAAAAUGAAGGACCUAGGGCUCGUCGCUGAGAGAGGUCACCACGAUGCUACGAUGUCGACACCCUCUAAAGGGGGAUCUUCGAUUUGUUCUCAGCAAUCUCUUAGUAUGCGAUACAACUGGAUCGCCCCGGAGCUACCAAUCUUUAUGCCCCUUCAUCCUCUGAUCGCAGAGGCACGAAGACAUGCCGCAGUCGUUCAGACGGUCGGAUAUGCCAGCAGUGUUUCUCCGACUACUAGAUGGGCAUCGAUAUUAGGAAAAGCGGAUAUUUCUGGACUGAGAUGUGCGGAGCCGGACAGGGCGGCAUUGCAUGCUUAUAUGGAAUACCUCCAGGGGUAA